CGAAGAAGAAGAAACGUGCUUCUUCUGUUUCGCCGAAAAAGAAGUUGGACCUGUUUCACUUUACUGAAGAUUUUAGCUAGCUAACUAUAAUAUUAUUAGAAAUGGACGGCCAGCGCUGGUUGCCACUGGAAGCCAACCCAGAUGUGAUGAACCAAUUUCUGCGACAGUUGGGUUUGCUGCCGACCUGGCAGUUUGGCGAUGUGUAUGGGAUGGACCCAGAGCUUCUGAGCAUGGUGCCCAGGCCUGUGUGUGCUGUCCUGCUGCUCUUCCCUGUCACAGAGAAGUAUGAGUCUUUCAGGCUGGAGGAGGAGGCCAAGAUCAAGGCCCAGGGCCAGGAUGUCUCCCCAGAUGUCUACUUCAUGAAGCAGACAAUCGGCAACGCCUGUGGAACAAUAGGCUUAAUUCACGCUGUGGCCAACAACCAGGAACACCUGGAAUUUGAGACGGACUCUCCGCUGAAGAUGUUCCUGGUACAGUCCACUAAACUGAGCCCAGAGAACAAGGCCACCUUCCUGGAGAAAGAUGAGAGCAUCCGUGUUACACAUGAAUCUAGUGCACAGGAAGGACAAACCGAGGCACCAAGCUUGGAUGAAAAAGUGGACUUGCAUUUCAUUGCUUUUGUGAAUGUUGGGGGACAUUUAUAUGAACUGGAUGGCCGCAAGCCUUUCCCUAUUGCCCAUGGGAAAACAUCAGAAGUCCGCUUCCUUGAGGAUGCAACAGAGGUGUGUAAGACAUUCAUGGCUCGGGACCCCCAGGAGCUUCGCUUCACAGUGGUGGCCCUGUCCAAGGCAUGAACACAGCACUCACCGAACAAGAGAAGAAAAUACGACUGCCAAUCAUUCUCAAGUGCUGACUUUUGUUAGCUCAUUAGCAUUUUUACUGAAUAAGGUUAGCAUGUGGUAUGAUGACAAAAGGUUAACUGGAAAAAUAUAUAUAAUUAAAGUAAGCUAAGCGUGCGAGGAAUCGGUAGCCUGGUUCUGAAAUACGAUUAGAUUGUCAGAUUAGAAGUUGUCAUGCAACUGAAAGUUAUUGAAGUGUGUGCCAUCACUACUUCCCCAUUUCCCCUUAGUACUUUGAAUGAUUUAGGCUGAAGUUGCUCCGAUACAGUGUCCUUGGGUCAGUUUUGCAAUUUUCCAACUAAUGGUUAAGGUUAGGAUUGGGUAAGGUGAUCCUAAAUCUGUACCUAGGGAAAACUUCACCCACCCCAGAUCACUUACAACGCUGCAGUAUUACUGUAGCGGAAAUUGAGCUUUCAGUUGGACUAUUCUGACCCUGCACCAAAGUAUACAGGCCAUUAGGCAAUGAACAAUUGCUAAGAUUUCCAAACUCCUGUAACCUUUCAAAGAUGAUACUGACAAGGUGUAUGCUGGUAUACUGGUAAGGUGUAUGCAAAAACUCAAUUGUCACCGGAUUUUUUUUGUAUUCUGCAGAAAUGAGAAAUACAGAAAAGCGUCAGUUUCAUUGACUUGCAAUGUAUUGAACUACGUAUUUAAAGGCCCAAUCCAGAUGUUUUUUUUUCUCUUUUCUCUAUUAAACCAUUUCUCUGUAACAAUUAAGUACCAUACUUAAUUUU